UUUCUAUCUGGUUUCAGGUUUCAGUCCGUUUUGUUGUCGUAUAAGUCACAUUUACACACUAAGUUGUUUUUAAACCAAAUUUUUAGUUCCGCAAAUCGAGAUGUUACGAGAUACGCGGAACAUCCUCCACGCGGAACUUUGUGACGAGUGAAACUCGAGCGCUGAACCACUGAGUAAUCACGCUCGAAAUUAAGAUCAUAACAUCUCUCUUUAUUAAAUGGUGAUUAUUGGUGCCAUGGAGAGAAGGAUAAAACUAAAAACCUUAAACAGUCACAUAACAUGCAAAAUAUGUCGUGGAUAUUUAAUAGAUGCUACCACUGUCACAGAAUGUUUACAUACAUUCUGCAAAAGUUGUUUGGUAAAGCAUCUGGAAGAUAAACAUACUUGUCCAACAUGUCAAAUUGUCAUCCAUCAGUCGCAUCCUCUUCAGUAUAUCAGCUUUGACAGAACUAUGCAGGAUAUUGUCUACAAAUUAGUUCCUGAUCUUCAAGAAAAUGAAAUCAAAAGAGAAAGAGAAUUUUACAGAGCCAGAGGUUUGGCUUGUCCCAAAGACAUAUUACCUAAUGCCGCUGAGAUUGAAGAAGAAAGGGCCAAUGCAGAUGCACAUGCAGAAUCAGAUUAUCAUCGUACUGACGAACAGGUUAACGUAUGUUUGGAAUGUAUGAAUGCCAGUUUGAAGACUUUGAAAAGGAGAUUUAUCAGAUGUUCAGCUCAAGCUACAAUAACACAUAUGAAAAAGUUUAUUGCUAAGAAGGUUUUGAGCGGCAUGGAAAAAUAUAGGGAUAUCGAUAUUUUGUGCAAUAACGAGUUAUUAGGUAAGGACCAUACAUUGAAGUUUGUUUAUGUGACGAGAUGGAGGUUCCGGGACCCACCUUUGAGGUUACAAUAUAGAUCGCACAUAGAUAUGCAAGAUUAAUCUUUCUACAUUUGAGAUAUAUAAAAAAAAAGAUCAUGCAGAAUCUGCCCCUACAUUUGUACAAUUUUCUAGUUAUAUUCUUAUCUUAACUAUCAUAGUAUUUAUUUCUAUGUUUAUCUGCCCAGCAUUUAUGUCGAGUUUUAAUAAGAUGAUUUAGAUUAUUCAAAGCAGAAUGAUAUACCGAUUUAGAGAUGUAUUAUUUGAUAUUAAUAAUAGCGGCAUUCUCUCUUUGUUAUGAAUAUCAAUGAACGCUGUUAUUAAUAAUCGAAGAUUGUUUUUGUCAUAUGAUCAAUCUUUAUCAUAUCGAAUUACGAGUUAUAGCUUAAAAUCUCCAUUUAUUCUUAGAGCACGAGAUUUUUAUUAGCACGAAACAAUGUUUAAUUGUGGCACAUAAAAAGAUCAUCUUAAGAGAAAAGGAAAUCUGUAUUUCUAAUAUGCGGUGAUAUGCACACAAGUCUUUCUUUGUAAAUAUUCCGUUACCACCGCAUUGUGUAUAGAUUCUGGGCUUUCAGUUCGACGAACGUGCCCACAAUCUUUUCUCCUAAAAUGCAAAAAAUGCUGUUUGCAAUUUACGACAAAACAAAACCACAGAUCCUCAUUUUUUGAGAAGAUAAAUUUGUUUUUUAUAUAUGCAUACCCAUUUGUAUAUACAGAAUAUUUUUGACAGAACUUGAACAUACACAACAUAUUGUGCAAGCUUUGUACUAGAUAAAAAAAGAAAUCGGAUCUGAAUAGUCGGAUCUUUUUAACUUUAUAUGUUUAUGCGCCGUACAUAUUCUAAUCGCGUUUCAAGUUUCGCUCAACACCGGUUUGCAAUUGAAAGAAACAAAGUAUUUGAUGGCGAUAUAUUUUCUAGAAACUUGUCAUUGAAAACAUCGUGUUGAGCGAAAUAUGUGACGCUUGUGGCUUGUAGUAAAUAAUGUUGUUUCAUCUGACAUAUAUUAACUUUUAGAAACCGGGAAAUUGAAAUUUUUUGACUUUGGUUGAGUUAGCUGAAACUAGUCUUAGUUUCUUUAAAUUCCUAGUUCAGCAUUAUUAUAAUAUACAUUUAAAAGUUUAAAGAAUGAAAAAUUUGUCAAAAAAUUUAUCCGGUUUCUAAAGGUUGAAAAAAAAAAACCGAUGUGAUUGUAUAUAAAUAUUAGAGAAAAUUUUGAGCACACAAAAUUUGCCGAGUAGCGGCAUCGCAAGAAUAUUAGAGCUUGUACAUUGUACACUGUGUAUAUGUGCGCAUCUCUAAAUUAUUAAAUAAAUAUGUUUUGUACAGUAUA